AUUUCGAACCCAAAGACAUAUUCACAAAAAUCCAAAAUGGACGAACUCUUUGUGGAAGUAUGCGGCGAAAACGGAGCCAAUUAUAAGGGAGUUGUCACAGACGUUUUCGACGAUGGAGUCAUGGUGGCAUUCGAAAAUGACUGGCAGGAAGAGUCCAAAUUUCUGUUCAGCCAGGUGCGACUGCCACCGACCGAAUCCGUCAGCAACUUCGGCGAACACAUGGAGGUCGAGGUGUACAGCAGGUCUAACGAGAACGAAGCCUGCGGCUGGUGGCGGGCGGUGAUCAAGAUGAUGAAAGGCGACUUCUUCGUGGUGGAAUACCUCGGCUGGGACAACAGCUACACCGAGAUCGUCUCCGUCGAUCGACUCCGGGCCAAGAACACCAACCCGCCGAUUACCGACAAAACCUUCUUCCGGUUUGAAAUCAAAGUACCCGAGGACAUCCGCGAGUAUGCACUGUUAAACAGCUCAAAGGUCGACGGGGUUCAUCGGGAGUUUCAGAAGGCAAUUGGCGCCGCAGAGUGUCGAUACCUACCGGAUCGGGAAGCCCUUCUAGUGAUAUCACGUAGCGAAACGACCCAGCGGCGAGCAAACAUGAUCCAGGAGAUGUGUUUCCGAAAUCUGAGCCAGAAAGUCAUGCUCCUGAAACGAACUGAGGAAGCUGCCAGACAACUAGAAUCGACCAAAUUACACAGCUCAGGAGGAUUCACGGACGAAUUCAAAGUUCGGGAGGAUCUCAUGGGCUUGGCGAUCGGAGCACACGGAGCCAACAUCCAGACGGCCCGGAAGCUGGACGGUGUGCUGAACAUCGAGCUCGAAGAAAACACCUGCACCUUCAAAAUCUCCGGAGAGACUGAGGAAUCGGUCAAGAAAGCCCGUUCGAUGCUCGAGUACAGCGAGGAUUCGCUGCAGGUCCCCCGGAACCUGGUCGGCAAGGUCAUCGGCAAGAACGGACGCAUCAUCCAGGAGAUCGUGGACAAGAGUGGCGUUGUGCGUGUGAAGAUCGAAGGUGACAAUGAACCGGAACCCAGCAUCCCCCGGGAGGAGGGCCAGGUCCCUUUCGUGUUUGUCGGCACGGUCGAGAGCAUAGCCAAUGCCAAGGUACUGCUCGAAUAUCAUUUAGUGCAUUUAAAGGAAUUGGAACAACUGCGACAGGAAAAGUUGGAAAUUGACCAGCAGCUGAGGGCUAUUCAGGGAUCCUCGAUGGGAUCGAUGCAAAGUUUCACCUCCAACCGGAAUCGCUCGGAUCGAGCGUAUAGCAGCGACAUCGACGGUGGUAAUCGAUCUGGUCGGGGAGGUAUGCGCGGCCGAGGAGGACGUGGUGGCCGAGGAAGCAGUUCCCGAUAUUCCAGUCGAAGAGCAGACACCGGUGACGAUGAAUACACACCACGAGGAGGAGGUGGUGGUGGUGGAGGAGGUGGCGGCGAUCGAAGUGAUCGAGGCGGGGAUCGAGGUGAUCGAGAUCAGCGGAACAACUACUCGUCGGAGGGUCGAGGAGGCAAUCGGCGGGGCUACAGCGAGAAACGAGGUACCAGCAGCAGCGGAGCUGGAGGCGGCGGCGGUAAACAGCGAUCCGAUAGGAUUAACAAAAAUCUACAGCCACAACCGGGAACGUCUGCUGGAUCCGGCGCCGGUGGUAGCCAGCAGCAGCCACCAUCUCUGAAUAUUUUCGAAGAUUCAUGGGCCGUGCAGGAGGACACUCCACGGGAGAACAAUCGCCAGAUGAACAGUGUUGAUCGGGAUAGCCACUCGUCGAAUGAAGGAAUUCACAAUAGAAGCCGCCGAAGAUCCAAGAACCCAGGUCACUCAAACAAAUCAAACGGAAACGUCCAAUCGAUGAGCAAAUCGGGUAGCAACAACAGCACACACAACCAGCAGCAGCAAUCGAGUGGCUCGGGUGCAGCGGCAUGACAGCAACACUCAAAUCCACAGCAACAGCAAGCAGCAUCAGCAGAACCACCAGCAGCAGCACCACAGUGGCGGCGCUAACUCUAAUGCGGUGAACAACAAUAGCAACAACAAC